UCGAUCAGAUGAUUUUUCUUCUUCUUGUUUCCUAACUGUAGAAUUCAGAAAGCAGUUCGCCGAGGAGCAAGGCCGCCUAGCCCAAUGAAAAUCCUGAGCUACAACUGUCGAGGACUGGGCAGCUCCUCGGCAGUUGCAAAACUAAAAAGACUGCUCAAUAAGCAACAACCUGACAUUGUGUUUCUGAUGGAAACUAGAAAGGAUGAGAAGGGCUGGAAGGAAAUUCAAAGGAAUUUGGGAUAUUCUGGUGGUUGUGGAGAGGCUGCGAGAAAUGACAAAGGGUGGAAGGCUGGUGGCUUAUGCCUGUUUUGGACUGAUGAGGUCUCUGUUGUGAAAGUUUCAUCAUCUCUUCAUCAUAUUGAUGUAUUAAUAGACCAGGGUGAUGGAGGGGCAAGCUGGAGAAUGACUGGUUUCUAUGGCUGGGCUGAUAGUGAAGAGAGAUUCAAGUCCUGGGAUUUGCUAAGGGACCUUAAGUUUGGAUGUUCUCUACCGUGGGUGUGCAUUGGUGACUUCAACCAAAUAUUAUCUGGAGAAGAAAAAAGGGGAGGAAGACUUAUUAUUGAAAAUCAGGCGAUGGAGUUUAGAGAAGCCCUUGAAUAUUGCGGACUUCUUGAUUGUGGUUUCACUGGCUACCCUUUCACGUGGGAAAACAGCAGAGCAAAUGAAGGGUUCAUAGAAGAGAGAUUGGAUCGAUGUGUUGCAACCUGGGAGUGGAAAUCAUCUUUCCCUGAACACCAGGUUGUUCAUCUGGAACGUUGUGGGUCUGACCACUGUCCUAUUUUACUAUACACAGCGGGGAGAGAGGAGGAGGAGAUCAAAUGGGGAUGGUAUUUUAAAGUGGAACCCUUUUGGCUGAAGGACCCUGAAAGUGCUGCUUUAAUCAGUAGGAUCUACAAUGAAAAUGCUAAUGAGAGCCUCUUAACAAUCCUCUCUAUUUGCAGAUCAGAGCUUUUGGCUUGGAGCAGGAGGAAAUUUGGAGACUUAAGGAAGAAAAUCGAGAAAAUUGAAAAGAAACUGAGCUCCUUCAAGCACAAGCCUAAGACUGAAAUAAUCCUGGAACAAAGAAAGGCCCUGGAAUAUGAGAGAAGUGAACUGUUACAGCAAGAGGAAGAAUUGUGGAAACAACGUUCUAGGCUGGACUGGAUGAGAGGAGGAGACAAAAACACCAAAUUCUUCCACGCCAAGGCUUCUGCCAGACGUAAAAGAAAUACCAUUAAGGUGUUAAAGGAUGACAGUGGCAGGAUUUUCAAAGGCCAAAGAGAGGUCUCGGCUUGCUUAAUUGAUUAUUUUAAAUCCCUUUUCAGGAGAGGUAUGACCCCAAACUCUAUGUCUGUGAUUAAUGCUUUGAAAAGAAAGGUUACUCCUACUAUGAAUGCUUCUCUGCUUAAACCUGUAUGUGAGGAGGAAAUAAGGGCUGCUCUCAGUCAAAUGGGGCCUUGUAAAGCCCCCGGAUCUGAUGGUUUCUCUGCAGGGUUUUUUCAGAAAAAUUGGGCUGCUUUAGGUAGCAAAGUGGUGGAAACAGUGCAGAAUUUUUUCAACAAUGGUGUUCUUCCCCAAGAGCUAAACCACACACUCAUUGCUCUGAUCCCUAAGGUGAAAGCUCCCAACACCCCAAAAGACUUCAGACCUAUCAGUCUGUGUCGUGUGACUUACAAAAUCAUAUCAAAAGUUAUGGCAAACAGACUUAGAUUGAUUCUGGAUGAUCUUAUUUCAGAAGAACAAAGUGCUUUUGUCCCGGGAAGAUUUAUCACUGAUAAUGUUAUUGUUGCUUUUGAAUGUUUCCAAUUCAUGAAGAAAAAGGAAAGAGCUAAGGAAGGAUACUUUGCGGCGAAGCUGGAUAUGGCCAAAGCCUAUGACCGUGUGGAGUGGGAUUUUUUGGAAGGGGUUAUGAAGAAAAUGGGUUUUGAUGACAGAUGGGUUGACCUCACUAUGAAAUGUGUAUCAUCGGUCACCUAUUCUAUCCUUGUCAAUGGCCACAAAACAGAUUUUUUUACACCUACACGAGGAUUGAGACAAGGUGAUCCCUUAUCCCCAUAUCUAUUUUUGCUAUGUGCUGAAGGCCUAUCUGCCUUGAUCAAGAGGGCUGAAACUGAAGGAAUACUGAGCGGGAUACAAAUACGGAAAAAAGCUCCCAUUAUUUCACAUCUCCUUUUUGCGGAUGACUGUGUGAUUUUUGGUAAGACCAGUCUCAGUGAGUGUGAUGCACUUAAGGACAUCCUAAACACUUAUGCUAUGGAAUCUGGUCAGCUCAUUAAUUAUUCAAAAUCCGAGCUCUCUUUCAGCAAGAACGUUCGAAUAAGCAGAAGAUUGGAGAUCUGUGGCACUCUGGGUAUCAAGGAAGUAAGUAAACAUCAGAAAUAUCUCGGACUUCCAACCGUGGUGGGAAGAUCAAAGAAGACAAUCUUUGAGGAAGUUAAAGAAAGGGUGAGGAAAAAGUUAAAGGACUGGAAGAGCAGGACCCUAUCUCAAGCAGGUAAAGAGGUUCUGAUUAAGUCUAUCGCUCAAGCUCAAUGCCUUUAUCCUAUGUCAGUCUUUAAAAUACCAGAGGGUACUCUCAAAGAAAUCCAAAGCCUUAUUUCGAAUUUCUGGUGGGGGCAGAAAGGAAAGGAGUCAAAAAUACACUGGAUUGAAUGGGAUGAACUGUGUGAUGGAAAGUUGGAAGGAGGUUUGGGGUUUAGAGAUCUUAGAUCAUUCAACUAUGCUAUGUUGGGAAAACAGGUGUGGAAUCUGCUUACUAGACCUCACUCGCUCAUGGCAAAAGUUCUCAAAGCUCGCUAUUUCCCUAAAUCUGAUAUACUUCAAGCUAAGGAGGGCUACCAACCUAGUUAUAUAUGGAAGAGUAUUGUGGAAGCCAAAGAGAAAAUUGUAGAAGGCUUUAGAUGGAGAGUGGGUAAUGGGAGCUCGAUAAGUAUGUGGAAAGAUGAAUGGAUUCCUGGAAAAAGCUUUUAUCAAGCUGAUCCGAUUCCCUUUGGGGAAAUGCCAGAAGAUAAAGUCAGCUCUAUCAUUGAUGCGGAGUCAGGGACGUGGAAGAUGGAAAAAUUGAGGUGGCUGUUCUCUAGAGAGGACCAGAGUCUUAUAGCAAGGAUUCCUCUUAGUUAUCCUCUUGGAUCUGAUUCGAGAGUUUGGAAACACUCAGAAAAUGGAGCCUACUCGGUCAAAUCUGGUUACUACUUUAUUAGAGAACAACAAUCUCAUUAUCAAAUGCGGAAACUAUCUCAAAGCACAGAGGAUGCUGAGGCUUGGAGGGCUCUAUGGAUGCUUCAUAUCCAACCGAAGGUUCGUGUUUUCUUAUGGAAGAUAUGCAAGAACAUCUUACCAGUUGGAGUUCAUGUGGAAGAAUGGAUCGAGAAAGCCGACCCUAAUUGCCCUUUCUGUAAUCUCCCUGAGACACAACCCCAUGCUCUGAUUAACUGUGACUGGAUUCGCAGAAGAUGGAGGGAAUGUGAUGAAUCCGACCUGUUCGAGAAAGGUGAAGGGAAGUCAGGUUUUGAGUGGAUCAAGGAAAUUCUCAAACACUACCCAGAAGAAAGAAUUCAGAAAUUCUGCUCGAUAUUGUGGUACCUCUGGAAAGAGAGAUGCAAUCAUAAGUUUAAUAACCGAAAGCUGGAGGAGGAUGAGAUUAUCCCGAAAGCGCUGACCUGGAUCUCUUCUUAUCAAGCUGCUAAUACCUCUCCUGUUUCAUGCUCUUUAGCUAGCACUCCUCGGCAUCGACCCCAGGCUUCGCACCACUGGAUCCCUCCUCCGGUCGGCUCAUAUAAAUUAAACGCUGAUGCAGGGAUUAUCCAGAACCAAGGUUUGGGUAUGGGCUGUAUUAUCCGCGAUUGCAGGGGUGAAUUCGUGGGGGCUUUGGCGAAGAAGGAACGGGGUGUUCUUCGCCCAAUCGAAGGAGAGGCGAAAGCCCUGAUUCUGGGCUUAAAGGAGGCCAAUCGUAGGGAAAUCGGUCCCCUGAUUGUUGAAUCGGACUGCCAGGUGCUUGUGAAUAAGAUGAAGAAUGGAAGUGAAGAUUUCACUGAGCUUGGGGUUUGGUGUGACGAGCUGAGAAAGUUGGCCAGGGCAAAUGAAUCUCUGGUGGGGGUUGAGGUUCGAUGGUGUUUUGCUUCGAGGAAGAAUAACACUAUUGCUCACUGCGAAGCUCCGCAACUAUGGACGCCGGGUCUGCGGCGGAGUCUAGGGAAUUUGGCGACGAAGUUGCGGAGGAGGAGGAAGACUGGGAACUGGUUUAACGCCGGGCCGCCGCCGCCUCUGUUAAUUGCUCGCGGCGGCCCUAUGUUUACAUCGAGUUUGGUCAGUCCAGUCACUCGAAUCGCCGAAUUCGAAGAUGCCAUUCUCAGCGAGCUCCAGAGUUUGAAGGAAGAGUUGGAUUUUGAUUCUACUGAAGCCUGCGACCACGAUGAUAUCACGGUUGAUGACAUUAAAAUCCUCAGCAACGAGGAGUUGGUGGAGAUGGCAUUCAAAGAAGUUUUUAAAGAGGAUGGUGGGGAGAACGUAAGUUCAUGGCAGCCUUCUGUACCACAGACGAAUGAAAGAGCAGAAAGUGAUCUUAGAGUGUCCAGUGGAGCGCAAACUCGGUCAAGAAGCACUCAAAGAGGAGGUGGUACUUCAGCUUCUUUAGAAUCCACCAAUGUUGACAGUAGCGACACUAUGGAAGGUGACAAGAAGUCCAGGAAGAGAAAAAAAGACAUGUUGAAGUCUCGUGAUGCAGAAGAGAGUUACCCUCCAAAAGUUGAUGAGCUACUGAAAAUCAAACAGAAGCAGGAUGAAGAAAAAGCUGAAUUGCAUUCCCUCAGUGCUGGUCGCAAGGCCAACCAAGGGUCUGCUGCAUUUGUAGAGAGUAUCACAAGAAUGAAAUCUCUGAGAUCUGUCAACUCAGAUAUGAAGCUUGUGAAGACCUCAAAUAGUCAAGAACAAGUAUCUGCGCAGCUGCCUGAGGUAGUUCUUGUUGUGGAGGUGUAUCAUAAUGUACAUCAAUGGCAAAAGACCCAAGAGUUUUUCAUGCUAGGAUGUCAAUGUUUGACAGAACUAAAGGACAAGAUAUUUUGCAUGACAGAUGAGAUGAUGAGAAGGUCAGGGCAUCAUGACCCCUCAGGAUAUUUUCUUAUAGAGGAUUUGUUCUGCAAUGAUCUGAGGGAACCCAAUUCAAUAGAUUAUAGUGAGCCUAUAUUUGACUUGUUUAGAAACUCGAAAGAAGAGGUCGAUCAGAAAUGGGAGUCCAUUAUAAGAGGAGACUUGAAGCAUAAACAAAAAGCUCUUUUGGAUGAGAUGCCACCUUCAAAAUUACCUGGAUUCCGACGUACGGAGAUGCAAUCCCUGCGUUUUUGUGAUCUGAGGUUUCAGCUAGGUGCUCCAUAUUUAUACUGUCAUCAGGGAGACUGCAAGCACACUAUCGUGAUAAGAGACUCGAGGUUGAUCAAUCCUAAUGACACACAGAAUCGAACUGCUUAUCCAAUCGUGAGCUUUCGACUGAAACCGCGCCUGCAGAAAUGCAACGUCUGCAACAUAUUUAGAGCUAAAAAGGUGACGUUGAAUGACAAAUUGGAGAGUUACAAUCCCUGCCACUUCUGCGAGAAUUGUUAUUUCCUUCUUCAUUACUCUGAGGAUUGGACUCUCUUGUAUGAUGACUUCACAGUAUACUAUUACCUGCUCGAUUAGUUCUAUUCCUCAUUGAAUUAAUCCGGUGGGAGAUUCUCUCAUUCUCUAUCAAUGUGUUAUUUAUCAUUUGUUGAAUGUUCGUGUUUAGCAAACUGAAUACUCGUACUUGUUCAGUGUGAAUUAUUUAAAAGUGACAUAAAAGGAAACCUAUCAAAACUGAUCAAAUUUUUAAAAAUGUACUCAAGUCGACAAAAAAGAAACCAUUUAAGGAUUCUGGAACUCAAAGAUUAAGAAAAAAGAAACACAAGAUGACUGUAAGCAGACUGCAUACAGCAAUACCAUUGGUUUCAUGUCGUUGGUAAACGCUACGGGACCAUGGAGCAAAGAGUUAUAGUGCCAUGGCCAUGGGAUCCACAGCCACAACCACUGCUUCUGCAGCAACACUGACCUUCUAGUUUUGCCGCAGCGGGCCAGCUUCGGUACAUGGUAACCUUCUUUUUCCUUCUAGGCCUUUUUCCAGCCUCAAGGACCUCAAACUUGUCCUCCCUUAAUUUAGCACAACAUUUUCCCAUGUUUCAGCAGCUGAGAGUUGCAGUUGGAAUAGAAGUGUAUGAAGAAGCCGAAUUGCGAGGGUGGUAAUGGCUUCCCCGAACCAUGGUAGCAAGGAGAGGCUCUACCUGGGUAUGGAUUUUGGAAUUUCUGGUGAGAGAUAUGAUGGUGUGGACAAAGAAGGGAUGCUUCAUUCUGAAGGGAAAAGAAAGUAUCCAAUUUCCAAGGUAAACUGUCUUUUGCUCUGCUUUUCUUUUUGAGGCUUGAAAAUUUUGACUUGAGCAUAGCUGGGUAGGGAACUUGAUAAUGAAAUGUAGAGGAGACAGCCAGCCAGGUCUGUUUUUAGUUAUAAAGUUGGCGUCUUGUUUGUGGCUUUUCUAGGAAGAGUGAAGAAGAACUGAUGGAUUGGGUGCGUUCAUGGAGAAGAACACUCUUCUCGCUGUUAGGAAGACGUUUCCAAGUCAUCUCAGGUCGCUUGUUGCUUCUAUUUCCAUCGAUGGCACUUCAACAACAACGACCAUUGUGGACACCGUUCCUUUUAUAAUGAGAGCUUCCCUGAUGCUUUGCCAAUUGUGAAAUCCUUUGCUCCUCCAAAUCAUACUGUCUGCUCUGGAUCGUCCACGUUGUGCGAGCUUGUCUCAUGGUGGACCACUAGUGGUUCGAACAAGGAAUCAGCGUUGUUACUGCACCAAGCAGAUUGUCUGUUGUGGCUUCUUCAUGGGAAGAUUGAGUCACAGAUUACAAUAAUGCUCUCAAGUCUCAAGGUUUGGUUUUCUGCUGGGGGAGCAUUUUAUAAUGCAUAUGGAAAAACAUCUUGAUUUUUUUUUAUCUAUGCUGAUGCUGAUGCUGAUGCUGAUGGAGAUAGAGAUCAUUGAGUUGCUGUAUUGUUGCACAGGUUGGUUAUGAUCCCAAGUCGGAAUCCUACCCUCCAUGGGAGCAAGUGGAGUUGAACAAGUGUUCACGGCAGAGGUGGAGCGAAGAACGAGAAGUGGAUGCAGAUCAGGGAGAGGGUUAUCGGCGUCCCUGUCAGCCGGGCGAUGCACACUGAAGCUGCUUAUGGAGCUGCAUUGUUGGCCUUCAAGGGUUACCAGGAUGCCGAGUAAAGCAAUGGUCAACAG